AUGUCUGCCAACCUGGACAAGUCUCUCGACGACCUCGUCGGCAGCCGCCGUCAGAAUGCUCGCCGUCGCAGCAACAACCGCCGUGCUGCCGCCAAGCCUUCCGUCGGAGGUGUGAAGAAGUCCAAGCCCACCAAGGCUGCCCCCAAGGCUGCUCAUCCCGCCCCCAAGGCUGCCCCGGCUGUUUCCAGCAAGAUCAUCGUGAGCGGACUGCCUGCCGAUGUGUCUGAGGCCAAUAUCAAGGAAUACUUCAUCAAGUCUGCAGGACCCGUCAAGAAGGUGAUGCUCACCUACAACCAGAACGGCACCAGCCGUGGCAUUGCCUCAAUCAUCUUCGCCAAGCCCGACACCGCUCAUAAGGCCGCUAAAGAGCUUAAUGGGCUCCUGGUUGAUGGCCGUCCCAUGAAGAUUGAGGUCGUUUACGAUGCCUCCCACGCCCCCGCCGUUCCUACUCCCAAGCCUCUUACCGAGCGCGUUGCUCAGAAGUCUCAGCCCAAGCCCGCCACUGCCGCGAAGGCUGCCAAGGGCAAGGGUAAGACCAACACCAACGACAAGAACGCCACCGGUCGCAACCCCAAUGGUCGCACCCGCAAGGGUCGCAACCCCGGCCGCGGCAAGCCCAAGACUGUCGAGGAGCUUGAUGCUGAGAUGGUCGACUACUUCACCAACGAGAACGCUCCCGCUGCGGGCAACGCCCCUGUCAACGGGACUGCUCCCCAGGCUACCAACGCUGGCGAGGAUCUCGGCAUGGCUGAGAUUUCUUAA